AUUAACAUUUCGAUGUCGCGUAUUUUCCUCCUAUUGCUUACUUACAUCUCAAAGACGGCCCGGCAUACUUUCUGCCAGUCUGGAAAUGUCUUGGAAGGGGCUGGAGCCCCAUUCUUCACAAAGACCUUUCAAGAUCGCGGAGUGUGUCAGGAAGCAUGAUGGACGUGCUUUAUUCAUCUUUUGAGGUUAUCCCAUAAAUGUUUGAUAGGCUUAUGAGGUUCAAGUCAGGAGAACGGGCUGGCCAGGUUAAAGGCCCUGAUGUUAUGCUGUUGAAGGAUCUGUCUCCCUGGAGGAGCUGUUACCCGAAGGAAGCUGCUUCCCGGUGGAUGGACAACAUCCUACUUGACAUCAAAAUGCUGACAUUUGCUUAUUCCCACCAUACAUUAUCAAGUUUAUGAGACCGCUAUAUGCCCAGAAAAGAACAAUGUCGAUGGUGGACAGUAUUAGUCAUUUAUCCGUUGGACAUUUUUUCCUUUUGGACACAAUGGAUUUCCUCGGAAAACGACAAUUCCAAACAAACUAUCUACUGUGAAUCUGAAGAGAGCAAAGAUGAACCGACGACGACUCCAGAGCCCGACAUCGAUGUCGCUUCAUCAAACAACGCGUCUGAACACGACGAUGUAUCAAGUGAAAGUACACCAGUAGCAGAAGGUCUUACUUCAAUUCGCUUGAUUAGGCCCAAAUCCAGAUGUUAUACUGCAGAAGUGGAAGGAGCUUGCUACUCAGGUGAGGACUGCUUCAGAAAAGGUGGUCAAGUGACAACCCCCUGCCUCAAAGAUGGUAUCUCCAUCGUGAAGUCGCAUCUUCACUGUUGUGCUUUCAUACACACGUGCGGAGAUGUCUCAUCGGAAAAAGUGACUUAUUUCCGCUCGCCAGACUAUCCGAGCAAAUCCACAGGUUCGCUCGCUUGCGAUUAUGACCUCAUAGUGCAAAGCACAACUUGCGCGAUAAGGGUUGAUUAUUUAAAAGUGAACUUGGCAAGGAAAUUAGGAGGGGUAUGCGAUAUAGAUCAGUUAUUUAUUCUCAAUUCUGUAGACGGACCGACCGCAGGCCAAUGCGGCCCUCUUUCCGGCUACUCGACGACUGUGGCUGUAAAUCCUGGCCAAUCAAACCCCGUGAAAAUAGCACUGCUUAUCCAAAAUGAAGGGACUUACCACUGGGAUAUCAAAGUCACCCAACUGGCGUGCAAUCAAGUCAAACACUUUAGAAGGCCAAAAUUGUGUGGGGAAGUGAAAAACGAGAUUUUAUCUGGAGUAGCCAGUUCACACGGUUUGGACUGGUAUUUUAACGAUAACAACGUCUGGAAGAAGCCCAACAUACCUCAGCAUACUUGGUGGUCGUAUCCAGAGCCGAUUUUUAACACUUUUUAUUAUGGUUCUACAAAACGUUAUAUGGAACAGGAAAACCAAGGAAAAUUUGCGAAAAGAAGAAUUGUUUCAGGGUCUGAUGCUCAUGUAGGUGAAUUUCCUUGGGUGGUUGCCAUUGGACUCGAUCAAAUGUUUUUUUGCGGAGGAGCCCUUAUUACCGACAGCUUAGUGCUUACUGCCGCUCACUGCUUGAUGGCGCGCGACACGCCAAUAGGGUCACUCGUACUGCAUUUAGGCGAUUUAGACCUGACAAGCCCUAAUGAAACAAACCACGUGCUCAGAGGAGUGAGCAAGGUCAUGUUCCACUCACACUUUCAUCCUUUUCUUCUUGCAAAUGACAUCGCCCUUCUGAGACUCGACCAGCCUGUUGCAUUCACAGACACAAUUCAGCCCGUCUGCCUUCCCGGGCCAAGUCUUUCAGGGGACGUAUUCACAGGGCAAAAAGGAACAGUCGUAGGAUGGGGAGUAACUUCGUUUCCGAUGGGAGAACCGAGCCCAAUACUGCAAAAAUUGGAUGUUGAAACCAUGUCAAACUUCCAGUGCUCUAGAAUGAUAGACGAGCCUGUUACGCUAGGAAUGAUCUGUGCAGCCCCGAGUAAUCUACAAGGAACGUGUUUUGGGGACAGCGGUGGUCCUCUGACUGUCUUGAGUAAAUCAGGCCGAUACAUUCUGAUCGGUGUUGUGAGCUUCGGAGUAACCGGCUGUGCAGUCAUGCCAGCCUUUCCAGACCUCUACACACGAGUUAGUGAAUAUCUUAAAUGGAUUGAUGUCAACGCUAUCUAAAUAGUGAAAUAAAUUAUUUUCUAACAUUAAAUUUUUUUAAAAAAUAACAUUUAUUUUUCUAGUCCUAUUUGAAAUGUUUUUCUUAAAUGACCUUCCUCCCUGAUUCUUCUAACUUUUUAUAUCCAAAUGUGGUUUGGAGGCAAGUUUGUACAAAUA